GGGCUAUAUAAAUCUGAAUCUAUUUGUUCGACUUAUUCCUCUCUUCUUACAUUCGUGGGUUUCUCUUCUUCUCUUCGCCCCUUUAGCAAUUCCGGUUGUUUGAUAAGACAGAGCUUAAGCUGGGAGUAUGGGCAACCUUUUCUGCUGUGUUCAAGUUGAUCAAUCCACAGUAGCUAUCAAGGAGAGAUUUGGGAAGUUUGAGGAUGUGCUUGAGCCAGGAUGCCAUUGCUUGCCUUGGGUCCUGGGGAGCCAGGUAGCUGGGCACCUCUCCCUUAGGUUGCAGCAGUUGGACGUGCGUUGUGAGACCAAGACAAAGGACAAUGUAUUUGUCAAUGUUGUCGCAUCUGUGCAAUACCGUGCCUUGGCUGAUAAGGCCAGUGAUGCUUUCUAUAAAUUAAGCAAUACAAGAAGCCAAAUCCAGGCCUAUGUUUUUGAUGUGAUCAGAGCAAGCGUUCCUAAGCUGAAUCUAGAUGCUGCUUUUGAGCAGAAGAAUGAAAUUGCAAAAGCUGUAGAAGAUGAGCUUGAAAAGGCUAUGUCGGCUUAUGGGUUUGAGAUCGUGCAAACACUGAUUGUUGAUAUAGAGCCUGAUGAGCAUGUGAAGCGGGCAAUGAAUGAAAUCAACGCUGCUGCAAGGCUAAGGUUGGCAGCAAAUGAGAAGGCGGAGGCUGAAAAGAUUCUUCAAAUUAAGCGAGCUGAGGGUGAGGCGGAAGCAAAAUAUUUGUCAGGGUUGGGUAUUGCUCGUCAGCGUCAGGCUAUUGUGGAUGGUCUGAGAGACAGUGUACUAGGUUUCUCAGUCAAUGUUCCAGGGACGACUGCAAAAGAUGUUAUGGACAUGGUCCUUGUCACUCAGUAUUUUGACACCAUGAAGGAGAUUGGCGCUGCCUCUAAGUCAUCUGCCGUUUUUAUCCCUCAUGGACCUGGUGCUGUUCGUGAUGUUGCAACCCAAAUUCGUGAUGGACUGCUUCAGGCAUCAUCUCAUCAGUAAUUAGGAUAAUUGCACUGUUAUCUUGGUCUAUGUUUGAAUGUGAAUAUGUCAUGUCCAUUUGCCUUCUGUGUGGUUUGUUUAAAAUUCAACGGCCAGCAGUUUUCCU